UUUGCCGCGGAAUUUCAUAUCCAAUGCAUUCUCAAACCGCCAUUGCAAUUUUACCCAGCAACGCGAUCACAGAGAGACUAAAUUUAACAACUCCUGUGCAAUCAAUUCUGUGAUAAAUAAAUACAAAACUGAACUAGACAGGUUGAGACGAUAUUUUAUGUGAAAAAUGUCUCAAUUCAAUUUUGUGAGCGAUCUACAGAAUGCGUUAAUAAUGGAUGGAGAGACGCGUGGUCCUGCGCCUCGCUGGAAGAAGAAGCUGGAAGCAUCGCUCAAUGGAAGCGUGAAUACAACACGUUCCGUGCUAUCCGUUUCAUACAAUACAAGCUUCUCUGGCGUACAAGCACCAACCAAAACGCCAGGCAAAAGUUCUGACGCAAAGACUAAGAAGAAUGCAACGACGCCAACGAAGACGCCUGGAGGUGGAGAUCGUUUUAUACCCAAUCGUGCAGCCACCAACUUUGAAUUGGCUCAUUUCUUGGUCAACAAGGACUCUGGCGAUAAGUCCGAUGAGGAUCAGGAGCAGCAGCCAACAAGCAGCAACGAAAAUAAUGUCCAGGCAUCUGCUCACAAAGGUGAACGCCAAAAACUAAUCGCCGAGGUGGCACAGGUGGGCGAGAGCAGCAAGAGUGGACGCAUACUGUGUUAUCAAAAUAAAGCACCCGCUGCGCCCGAAUCCCAUACGAAUCCUCUUAAGGUGGUUUACUCAUUAAAGACACCCAUAUCUACGAAGAGCGGAUCACGCUAUAUACCAACCACAUCUGAGCGCAUACUCGAUGCACCAGACUUUAUCAAUGAUUACUACCUCAAUCUCAUGGACUGGAGUGGCGAUAAUAUUGUCGCUGUUGCAUUGGGCAACUGCGUUUAUUUGUGGAAUGCAGCUAGCGGGAAUAUUGAACAGUUAACUGAGUAUGAGGAAGGGGAUUAUGCUUGCGCGCUCUCUUGGAUUCAAGAGGGUCAGAUCUUGGCUAUCGGCAAUAGCAGUGGCGCUGUUGAGCUGUGGGAUUGUUCGAAGGUGAAACGUUUGCGUGUGAUGGAUGGACAUAGCGCUCGUGUUGGUUCUCUGGCAUGGAAUUCGUAUUUAGUUUCAUCGGGCAGUCGCGAUGGCACGAUUAUACAUCAUGACGUGCGCUCUAGGGAACACAAAAUAGGCUCGUUAAACGGGCAUGCUCAAGAGGUUUGCGGCCUUAAGUGGUCCACAGAUUUCAAGUACUUGGCGAGUGGAGGCAAUGACAAUCUGGUGAAUGUCUGGUCUUUAGCUGGAAAUGGCGUAGGCACCGCAACUGACCCACUGCACAAAUUCAAUGAACAUCAGGCAGCUGUACGAGCGCUUGCAUGGUGUCCCUGGCAGCCCAACACACUGGCAUCUGGCGGCGGCACAGCGGAUCGCUGCAUCAAAUUCUGGAAUGUAUGCAAUGGCUCCCUUAUCAAAUCUGUAGAUUCCAAGUCCCAGGUGUGUUCUCUGCUCUUCUCACGGCACUACAAGGAGCUAAUCUCCGCACAUGGGUUUGCCAACAAUCAGUUAACCAUCUGGAAGUAUCCAUCGAUGGUUAAGCAGGCCGAUCUAACUGGACAUACGUCGCGUGUCUUACAAAUGGCCAUGUCGCCCGAUGGCAGCACUGUGAUAAGCGCUGGAGCUGAUGAGACAUUGCGACUGUGGAAUUGCUUUGCUCCCGAUCCAAUGGCAGCCAAAAAGGUAUCCAAUGUCAACAGCAAUGCAAAGAAGAGCGUGUUUCGACAGAGCAUACGUUAGAGAUGAAAAUCAGAAGGUAAAUGGUAGAUGUCAAGAGGACUCUCGUAAUAGAGCAUAUGCCAGAGGCGAGGCAGAUCUUAAGACACAGAGCUGGCAGCCUCUCUCUAACUCCUACUCAUCCGACUAUUCAAAACUAGCCAGAAAUGUUUUACUUUCAUUAAGCUUGCUAUAAAAAUUAAUUAAAUUGUUAUUUUUUAAGCAUUUCGUCUAAGCCAAUUGAUGUUUCAUAAUU